AUGGAGGUGCGCGACGCGUCAUCGCCGCGCGCGAUCUCGCCCGCGCCCGAGGAGCGACGGGCGUUCCUCACACCGGGACCGCGCCCGAGCGCCCCGAGCGUGGGCAUCGUGCGCGUCCCGGGAGGUCACGAGGCGAUCGGGACGACGACGACGGACGAUGAGAUCAUCAUAGAGAUCGGCGAUCCGCAUCGCGUGGGCGACGGUCUGAGUAAACACAUCGAGUACAAGGUGACGUACUGGACCGACGCCGAGGCGUACGGAGGGAAAGGCUCGAGCGGAUGCGUGACGCGACGAUACUCCGAUUUCGAGUGGUUGAGUAAGCAGCUCGAGGCGAAUUGCGACGGAGUCAUCAUUCCCGUCAUCCCGUCGAAGACGAUACUGCACAUGGACGAUCCGUCGUCUCGUGGAAUAGAGCGAAGGCGCACCGGCUUGGCCAUGUUCGCGGCUCGCGUCGCCGCGCACCCUUUGAUGCGCAAGUCGCAAGAUUUACUCGCAUUCUUGACGCAAGAUCCCAAGACGUGGGCGAAUCGCGUGCCGUGGCACGAGCGCGGAGUCCUCAGCGAUAGCGUCUCGUCGGUGACGUCGUGGCUGUCCACACUGAACACCUCGGAUAUUUCCUCGCUCACGUCGUCCAUGUCCGUGGACGCCAUGCGAGAGAAUCAGCAACACGUCGAAAUCGUGGAUUACGUGAGCACCUUAAAGAACCGCAUGGAUAAGCUCGUUGCCGCGACGUCGGCGCUUCAGAAGCACGGUAUGCACACUGUAAAAGCGUACGAGGAUUUCAACGGUUGCCUGGAGCUGCUGGCGACGCAGGAGGAGAAGGCGCUCAAGGUGUUCGAGCCGUCAUCCAAAGGCGUCGCGUGGAAGCGCAUGAGCGACUUGUUCGUAGCUCUCAUCCCAGCGCAGCGCGAAGCGAGCGAAACGAUGCGCUCGGAAUUCUUAGAUUCUCUCGAAGAGAUGAAUGGCUUGUGCGCCGCGACGAUGGCCGCUUUCGAGGCGCGCAAACGCAUCGUGGAUCAUUACAAUCGAGUCUCUUCGAGCAUAGGACGAAUUGAGGCCAAGCUUUCGACGAUGGGUAUUCCAGAACCGGGCCCGAAGCGAGAAGAGAAGCAAAGAAUAGAGCUUGCGGCGAGCGAUCUACGCAUCGAACGGACGCAAACUCACGAGCGCUACGAGCGAUGCUGCGCCAACAUGGAGCACGAGCUUAUUUGGUUUCACACCGAAUUGGCGCUUGUUCUCGGGCGAGCCCUCAAGGCGCACGUUGCAGCGCAAGGAGCCGCGGCAGGAAAGAUAUCGCGCGUGCAGGACGCGCAUUUCUCGGACAUCAAAGCUCUCUUGGCAAGCGCGCCAGACAUGUUCGCGAGCUCGUCGUGA